CGUCCAUCGAUCUAUAACCCAUGCAGUUAGCGCUAGCUAGGUAGCUCUCACGGGGAGAUCACGUCAUGUACACAUGAAACGUUUAGCUGAUCUUCGCCACAAACGCUAAUAGGGCUAAUAUUUCUCUCCUGCAUGCCUUGAUCCGUUCAUACCACGUCCUUUAAUUCAGUUUGCACGCUCUUUUAAUUUGCAUUCAAGUUCAAGCACUGGCCGCAGUACUGCGGUACUACUACUGAUUUUCUGGAGAAAGGAGGAUGGCACAUCACUCGUGUUGCAUUAACCAAAAAGUGAAGAAAGGGCUAUGGUCACCAGAGGAGGAUGAGAAACUCAUCAAAUACAUUUCAGCCAAUGGCUAUGGUAGUUGGAACUCAGUGCCUAGACUUGCUGGCCUCCAGAGAUGCGGAAAGAGCUGCAGACUGAGAUGGGUAAACUAUCUCAGACCAGACUUAAAACGUGGGAGCUUCUCUCCCCAAGAAGAAGCCCUAGUCAUUGAACUCCACAGAAAUAUUGGUAACAAGUGGUCUCGUAUAGCCAAGCACCUACCUGGAAGAACAGAUAACGAGGUGAAGAAUUUUUGGAACACAAGCAUAAAGAAGAAGCUCCGGUCCCAAGAUCAUGCCAUUCCUCAUGCUUUAGCAACAUUUUCUGUAACUGAGUAUCUUAGUGGUUCAGAGGAAGCUGGUGUCUCACCUCAUGUUCUAAAUCGGGAUACCAACUUGAACAGAAAAUCCCAACAAGAUGAGCUACACCAACCCCCUUCAAUCAGGAUGCUACAAUCUUUAGAUCUUAGUGAUCGUAGAAUAUUGGAACAGAGCAGUUGUAGUCCUAGUUGGGUCCAUUUUCCACCUCUAAUCCCACCACUCCCAAAUUGUUCUAUUAAAACUUGGUCACCGAGGCAUGAUCAUCAAACACACGAUCAACUUGGUCCCAAUCAACAAGAUCAAAACUUCAUCAUGAGAGCAGCAACUCUGCAUGAUAGUAGCCUUGUUAUCAACCCAAGAUUAAUCACUGAACCGGAUUCUGAAAAUGCAAUAUUGGCACCCGAAAUGCCGGAACUCUAUGAAAUCAUCGUUGGCGGGAUUAAUGUUGGUAGCGAUCAGCGCAACUCCUUCGGCAGAAAUACCCCCACCUGCUGCAAGAUACCCUAAUGCUCUUCAUUCCGGUUACUUGGGUUCAGCUUGAUUGAUCACUUGCAUAAUUCAGGCAUUCAAAUGGGGUGCACCUACAUGCAUUAUAUAUACCAUCAUUGUAGUAAUCUUCAUCAGAAUUGCCGCCACUAUAUGAAACUGCCACUACUUUAUCAACUAA